CUUUGUUAACAUCAUUGGAUUAUAUUGAGACCAAAUACGGUUUGAUGUUCUGUCUAACCUGCACAGUAACUGAUGCCUUUGCAUGGCAUUGUCACUCUUCUUGGAACUAUUACUUUCCUUGAAGAGCUAGUUUUCAACAAUAGCCAAAAUCGAUACCACGUUGGCGACGGUUUAAACACUUCAAAACUUGUGCAAUCGAAAUCAAUAUCCAUCGAGGCACAGACCUCGGCUUAUUGUGUUCAGUUGCUGGGACUCACGGCAGGAAGAUUUACCCCUGAACGUUAAUAGGCAAAACUUGUGGUCAUCAUGGCAGAGAAGGCUCAUGAACAGGAUAGUGCCCGUGUAGUCACGGACCUCCAUUACGCCUGUCAAGUGGGGGAUAUGGAGGCAGCGAGACAGUUUCUGUCUCUUGGUGAGGACAUCAACGGGAGAGGUGAGUUGGGGAUGACACCACUGAUGUUGGCAGCAAAGUAUGGACACAAAGAACUGUUUGACCUACUUGUGAGUAAAGGAGCUGAUCUCCGACUAAAAUGUAUUAAUGGUGACACUAUCCUUCAUCAGGCGUGUAGUGUGGAUGUAGAGAUAGUGAAGUAUGUCCUUUCACAGGACGUUGUGGACAUCAACAGUAGAGGAUCUGACGGGAUGACCCCAAUGUUGUGGGCAGCAGUGUUGGGAGACACGAAAGUGGAAGUUGUAGAGUUUCUCGUGGCUCAAGGCGCGGAUGUGUCACUUGUAGAUUAUAAAGGUAACACUAUUCUUCACCUGGCUGCUGAUAGACAAUCUGGGGAGCUGAUUGACUACAUCCUCUCACACGACAUGGUGGACAUCAACGCAAGGAACAACGCUGGGAAAACAGCAGCCAUGAUAGCGAGACGAUAUGGUCUUACAUUUAAUCCAGCAUAUGAAGUCCUUGUGUCACGAGGAUGUCACAUUGAGUGACGUGUUCACCGUGAAAGGCUUUAUGAUAUCAAAUAGUAUUAGUUAACACAAUGGCUUAGCUCGCAGAUUAACAGUCAAACAUUACAAUGUAAAUAUUUUUGAUAUGACCUCCUUAUACAUGUAUCAUAAUGGUAAGUUUAAUUUUGACUGAAGGAGAGCGCGUAUUGGUUUCUCAAAACAUUUGGAGUUGAAAUGAAAUGAAAUGAAAGUAACUUAAUCCGGACAUGUUUUAACCAAUCCCCUGUCUCAUUCUGUGAUUUGGUCAUGUUUCCUAAUGUAGAUAAUCCAUUCAAUUUGUUCAUUUUGUUUUUGAAAGACGUAAAAUGUUUAGGGGAAAUAUAUCUCCUUUCGAUAAAGUAAACCGGUCUAUAUUUUGUAAGAAUAAACUAUUGCGCGUUGAGCGAUUAUCUCCUUUAGCUGUAUGGUAGUUAUGGUAUAGAGCUUUAUUAAGCACUCACCUAGCAAUGCUGAACAUUGUAUCUUAUUCAAGCCGUAUCCUUGAGAGUGAGUGAUUAUCUCCCUUGCUUGCGGUGCACAGUUGAGCACAGUAUUGUUUCAAGUAGUUCACUGUAUGUAAUGUAUGAUUCAUACCGUUUCAUGCGGCGGUUUACGGUUCUGCAUGGUUUAUUGCUUUGACAGUUUUUUCAACUUCCGAUAGAGAUUUUACAACCGCAUAUGUGCUUUCCUUCUGGAUACAUAGGAAAUCAACAGGUUGGACUGUACUUUGCAAUUAUUUUCCUAAAAAAUAAUAUGGUUGCAUGACAUAUUCACGUUGUUUUGGGUUGAACAUAGUCACAUUCUUCUUAACAUACUUCAAAUUUAAACUGGCAGUAAUCACAGCACAAACCCAGCUAACCAAACGGAACCGUACACAAGAGUAGUGAGUGAGUGAGUUGGGUUAAACGCCACUUUGAAUAUUCCACUUAUAUCACGGCGUGUCAGCUUGACGUGGGUGGAGUGCCCGAAGUGAUGCAGGUCUCAGACGGUCACCACUUGAUGAAACUCACGAGAACGGGUGUUAAUGCUGACAACAUAAUCGAGGCAAACCGGGAUUCGACCACACUGUCAUAGGUUUCUGCCGUGCCCAAGGGACACAACUCUGCAUAGCGAAUACAGCGCCUUAGGCGAUUGGGCCAACCGUGCCCCCGUACACAACUGUAUCAAACUAUCAUACAACAAAGAUGUUUUAGAUGAGAUAUGUAUUGUGUAACAUUCCAUGAAGAAACAGUGGUCGCAUAACACUAUCACAAACUUGAAAAUAUAUGCACAAUAAGUGCAAAACACACAGGUACAAGUGUAUUAUAAUGGUAUGGAGACACUAUGAGAACUGAGCAAAACUAUGGUAAUGUUUGAACAUACAAGGAAUUUGUUUAUAAUUGUAGAUAUGAUAACCGAUCUUGGAAAUUGUUUCUGUAUAACUGUUGGUAAAAAUGAUUAAGAAAUGUUCCUUUUAACAGAGUGUACCAAAUUCUUUAUGAUGAUUGAGGAUUAUUUGUGAUUCUCUUUCUUGGUUGUAUUUUAUACAAGACAGUGCGUAAUGUUGUUCAUCUUCUGAGACAUCACAUGUUUCACAGAUACGUUGUUCCAAUGGGUUAGUGUUUUUGUAUAUCUACCAGUUUAUUUUUUUUAGUUUGUGAUUACCUAAACGAAAGUUUGAGAAAUGUGACUUAUAGCGCUUUGUUUUUACAAUAUGUAAGAUAAUUAUCAAUAUUUAUAGAGGACUUGACCAAUACAGCUGUAUGUAUGUUCUUAACUUGCUGUUGGAUAGAUAGGAAUCCCUUAUUGAAUGCGUGAACAUAUUUUUACAAAUGGACUGAAGAUUAUUUACAGUGGAUUCAUUAAAAAAAAAUGUGUUUACUAUUUCAAAAGAUUGGUUUAUUUAAUGCAGCCAACAAUUUGACCAGAAAGAUUGAUAUUUGCUGCCAAAGCAUGUUUUCAGAAUGAUAUUUCUUGUGUUAUCUACAUAGGACUUGUAACAAAUUAUUUUGACAGGCCCAGCUAUGCGCUUUCUUGCCUUGGUUUUCCUUGUGCUGACCAUUUAAAGACAUUGUUUCUUUUAUUGUGAUUUUCAAAGAUAACUACAUUAAUAACAGCCAAUUUGUACUUUACUCCAGUCCUCUCGUCCCAUAACUUACACUUCCUUCCUCUGCAUAUGGCAUUAUAUGGCGGUGAACAAUUGAUGCUCUGCAGCAAUCUCUACUUGUUUGUACUGGUAUGGUGGGUCAGACAAUAUCUCGAUACAUCGGGAAACAUUACAGCUAUUACCUGAAGCGCUCGUAAAAUCUCUAACGUCCUCAUUAUAUAAAAUACUCGUCAGAAGAGCAACGUUUUGCACAGGACCCGAGAUCUAGAUGCAAGUUCUUAUCAGAAUCGGAUACUGGUGAUACAUGAUGGUGAUACAUGGCUGAACGUUUGUGAGUGAAAAAGGUAAAACUGUGACCCGUAUGAUUUUAUUGAUAACAUGUGACAAUAUAUAG